GCCGCAACUUGGUUAGAGUGGUACACGAAAACCCCUCGCAUCUGGGAAGUCUGUGACUAUCGCCAGUACAAGUCUCAGUCAAAGCAGGUUGUCGCCUUCAUGAAGCUAUUCCUACCUCUGGGAUUCAGCCUUGACGCUACCACUGGUGAGUACGCGGAUCGUGUCAUGCAAGCUGGCAACACAGCUAAUAAGCAUAUGCAUGAGUUUCUUCAAGCGCGAGGUAUCAAGCGCAAGUUCGGCUCGGGCCUACUGAAACAACUUGGCGCACUUCAUCGAGAUGGA